AUGUCACACAGAGCCGACGCUUCGAAUUCGCUCGACAAUCGGGGCUACACUGGUCCGCUGAUCCGUGGCCAAAACCCCGCGACCUUCAUCGAAACCGCGACCCGCGAUCGCAUCACAGACUCGCUGUACUGGAAAGAGCAGUGCUUUGGUCUGAAUGCGGCAACCCUGCUCGAUCGAGCCGUUGAGUUGACGUACAUCGGUGGCACCUACGGUGUUGGGAUGAGGCCCACGCCGUUCCUAUGUCUGGCGUUCAAACUGCUGACGAUUGUGCCUGAUCGAGACAUUGUUCUGGAAUACCUCAACCGUGGCGGGGAAGAGUGGAAAUACUUGCGAGCACUCGCUGCCUUCUACAUACGUCUCACGUUUGAUCCAGCGGAGAUCUAUAAGACUCUCGAGCCAUUCCUUGAAGAUUCGCGCAAGCUUCGCCGAAGGCGCAAGGAGAUCUAUGUGCUGACCUAUAUGGACGAAUUUGUGGACGAGCUUCUGACAAAAAAGCGAAGUAUGGGUACAGCGCUUUGGCCAAUGCCGUCUAGACAGGCUCUCGAAGAUUUAGACCAGCUUGAGCCACGCGAGAGCCCGUUGCAAGAGGAGCUGGAUGCUAUGGAUGAGGACGAAGAAAUGAAGGACUCGGAUGGCGAAGACGGGGCUAGUGCAGAUGGACAGAGUGUCAACGGCCGAAGCCUAAGUGGAUCAAUGAGCGACUGA